AUGUCCAAGGAGUUUUCACCACAAACUACAAAAAAGCGUCGAUCACAGCACCUGAUGUCAACAUCUAUCGAAGCAUUAGCGGUAAAGCUGAGGAAAUGGGUCCUCGUCACCACAGAUGGCUUGAACUUCCGUCUAGUCGACAUAUCCGAUAUUCCCACAGUUGCGACUCUACGUGCAGUGAUCUGUCAAAAUCUCGGAAUUUCCGACUGUGGCAGUGCAGAAAUCUCCCUCGCUGAGCCCGGCCAACUCAAACAUGGGGAGCCCAUGAGUGAUAUCAACCUGGCAUAUUGCUGUCGGAUAAAAUCAGAUCCUGGCGCUCCGUUGAAGCUGUUCGUGCGAGGAGUAAUUUCCAGUCUUCCCCUAUUCGACAGUCCAGAAUUGCCAGUAGCAGAGAUGCCCUGCAUAUCUCCAACCGAGGCUCCAAAGUCGAGUUGGCUCUCUGGCAAUGAGCCUGAAAUACUCCAGAUUAAGCGGAAGCAGAAGGCACAAUAUCUCUCUAAAAAAGAGAAUCAUGUUGUAUCGGGCUAUAAGUGCACAGAGGUCAUUGAAAACAAGACCGGCCCACUGAAAGAGUCCCCAACAUUCGCUGAAGCAACCUCUCCGGGCCAAAGUCCAGUUCACAGUGACUAUUCUCGGGUCCAAAUAACGGUCCAAACAUCUGGCCUAGGAACUGAACUCGCCAGUAGAGAACAGGUGAACACUAACAUCGGCACACCGUCGCCUGAUCCUGUCACUUCAUCUACCGGCGGAGAGGAUGCUCCUUUAGAGCUUGAUCAGCCUACUGCACUUUGUUCUCCUACCUCGCCCGCUUAUUCUCCUGUUUCACCAUCUUUCUCUCCUACCUCACCCGCUUAUUCUCCUACCUCGCCAUCUUAUUCUCCUGCAUCGCUCUCAAACAGAGAGGCUGGCGGAUCUCUUCUGCAUUAUUCUCCCCAGUCUCCUGUAUUCUAUUCCCCUGUGCAAUCAAGAGGGAAGCCCGACGAGGAGUUUGAUGACGAAGCCAAAGGAAACACUCAUUCAGAUUCUCCCUCGGCGACGAAUACAGUGAUUACGCUACCAGCGAGAUUUGAAGACUUACUUUUGCGCUGGACCAAGCUCGGGUUGAAUGAAGUUGAAGCGCUCUAA